AUGUUCAGUCAAAACUUUCCAAUGGCCGCUGCUACCAUCGUCGCCGAGGAUCAAGACAAGCUGCUUGAGGAGGCCCUCACGGUCGUCAAGGCCCAGUCGCUCCAGAUGAAGCGCUGCCUCGACAAGAACAAGCUCAUGGACGCGCUCAAGCACUGCUCGACCAUGCUUAGCGAGCUGCGCACUGCCAUGAUGUCGCCCAAGACCUACUACGAGCUCUACAUGACCGUCUCGGACGAGCUGCGCUACCUCGAAAUGUACCUGAUUGACGAGUUUGAGAAGGGCAAGCGCGUGUCUGAUUUGUAUGAGCUGGUGCAGUACGCUGGCAACAUCAUCCCGCGUCUCUACCUGCUCAUCACCGUCGGCGCCGUGUACAUCAAGGCGAAGGAAGCUCCCAAGAAGGACAUUCUGAAGGAUCUUGUUGAAAUGUGCCGUGGCGUGCAGCACCCGCUUCGCGGAUUGUUCUUGCGCAACUACCUGCUGUCCAUCACCAAGAACGUACUUCCUGACACGUCCGAGGAAAACCCGCAGCGCGACGGCUCCUUCCGCGAGUCGAUCGACUUUGUGCUGCUCAACUUUGCCGAGAUGAACAAGCUGUGGGUCCGCAUGCAGCACCAGGGCCACUCUCGCGAUCGCGAGAAGCGUGAGCGCGAGCGCCAAGAGCUUCGCAUUCUCGUCGGUACCAACCUUGUGCGUCUGUCGCAGCUGGAGGGCGUGGAUGCCGCGUGCUACGACGAGACUGUGCUCCCCGGCAUUCUCGAGCAGGUGGUGAGCUGCAAGGACGCUAUCGCCCAAGAGUACCUCAUGGAGUGCAUCAUUCAGGUCUUCCCUGACGAGUACCACCUCCGCACCUUGCCCAAGUUCCUCGCUGCCUGCGCCGAGCUGCACAAGGCCGUCAACGUCAAGAACAUUAUCAUUUCACUGCUCGACCGCCUUGCCGCCUUCGCCACCCGCGACGGCUCUGUUCCAGAGGAGCUCAAGCUGUUUGAGAUUUUCUCAGGCCAGGUCGCCACCGUCAUUGAGGCGCGCCCCGACAUGCCCACCGAGGACAUGCUCGCCCUGCAAGUGUCGCUGGCCAAGCUGGCUCUCAACUGCUACAAGGACAAGCUCGAGUACAUGGACAAGGUCUUGCGCAACACUGCCGACAUUUUCACUCGCAUGAAGACGACCAACAUUGAUGCUGACAGCCCCGCCGCUGCCAAGGAGCUGACCAAGCUUCUCAAGCUGCCCCUGGACGCCUACCCGGACGUUCUGACCGUCUUGCGUCUCGAGAACUUUACUCCGCUGAUUGCCUUCUUUGGCUACGAGUCGCGCAAGCACCUCUCGACCCACAUUGUGCGCGCUGCUAUCGACAAGAAGACCAAGUUUGCUGCCCCCGAGUCGGUCACGGCGCUCCUCGACAUGGUUGCUCCUCUCAUUGUCGACCAAGAGGACCAACCCGCCGAGAAGGACGACCCCGAAGAUUUCGCCGAGGAGCAGAGCCUCGUUGGACGUCUCGUGUCCCUCUUCCACUCGGAGCAGCCCGAUCAGCACUACCAAAUCCUUUCCACUGCGCGCAAGCACUUUGGCAACGGCGGCGAGACCCGCAUCCGCUACACGCUGCCCCCUCUCAUCUUCUCCGCCCUCCGCUUGGCUGUCCUCUACUCGUCGCUUCGCGAGCAAGACGAGCUGUGGGAGAAGAAGUGCCAGAAGAUUUUCCAAUUCUGCCACCAGACCAUUACCGCCCUUGCCAAGGCCGACUUUUCCGAGCUUGCCAUGCGUCUCUUCCUCCAAGCAGCCCUUGCUGCUGACAAGACUGGUGUUGAGAACAUUGCAUACGAGUUUGUCACACAGGCCAUUCAAAUCUUCGAAGAAGACAUCUCCGAGUCCAAGGCCCAGAUCAGCGCCGUUUCAUUGCUGAUUGGCACUCUGGAAGCGACCUCAUGCUUUGGCGACGACAACUUUGACCGUCUUUCCACCAAGUGCGCCCUGCACGCAAGCAAGCUUCUCAAGAAGCCCGAUCAAUGCCGCGCCAUCUCGACGCUGUCGCACUUGUUCUGGUCUGGCUCCAACGCUGAAGGCGAGGAGCGACGUGACGGAAAGCGCGUUCUCGAGUGCUUGCAACGAGCCCUCAAGAUUGCCGAUACAUGCAUGGACGCGUCCAUGAACGUGCACUUGUUUGUCGAGCUGCUUAAUCGCUAUGUUUACUAUUACGAGCGUGGCAACGAGAUGGUCACUCUCAAGUACAUCACUGGUCUGAUUGAGCUGAUCACCACCAACAUUGCUAGCAUGGAUCGCAACGACGAGUACAACCAAAUCAACGCCAACUUCCAAAACAUUAUUACGCACAUCAAGCUCAAGCAGAAGUCGGCUGACGGUCCCAACUAUGCUGGUAUCACUGUCUGAGCAUCGUCAUGAUGCAUGACAGUGUCACAAACUAGGAAAAGCGAAAUACUGCGAGAUUUGUUCGUGGUUGUGUGAGUUGUAUGUUGUAAAAGUGUUUGUGUUGGAAUGACAAAUGAAUUAUUUGUUGUUUGAGA